GAAGGUCACGUGACAUCUAUAAUUGUGUUGUUUCUGAGAGCGCCAUUCUAUUGCUUAGCUGCGUCAGGGAACGUACAAGCAAGAAAAGCGUUGAAUUUUUCACAGAAAAUUCUUUAUUAUCGUUAAACGAUUACUCUACCGUGCUAAUUUUAUUGAAUUACGGAAGAAUAUGUCUGCAAUUCGUCAAAAUUUUCACUCUGAUUGUGAGGCUGCCAUCAACAAGCUGAUAAACUAUAAACUACAUAUUUCUUACGUUUAUCAGUCCAUGGUAUAAUAUACUUUAGUUUUUCUUUUUAGUUAUAAUAUUCAAAAUCCUAGUUUUAGUAAAAUAUUAACAAAAAUACAACGACAAAAAUCCGGUAAAGGAAAUGACCUUGAAAACGUGACUUGCUUGACACAGACAACUCCAGGUUAAAAAAAACAGCUGUAAAAUAAACAUCUGAUUACGUAAUAUAUCGUAAUAUUUCAUAAAAACCAAUGAAAAAUAUUCAAGUGCUUUUAAUAUUAAGUAAUUUAUUAUUACUUAUAUACUAAUCACAUAAAUCAAUAAAAACAACUAAGUUGUAAUCAAUUUUUGUUAACUUUCUGCAUUGGAUCCUGUAAAAUACAUUUUAUAUUGACUGAAAUUUAAUGUAUAUUUUGAAAUAGGCUUGGCAUUUUGAUCGUGAUGAUGUCGCCUUACCUGGAUUUCACAAGUUCUUCAAGCACAUGUCAAAUGAGAAACGCAAUACUGCUACAAUGCUGAUGAAAUGUCAAAAUCUGCGUGGUGGAAGGAUCAUUUAUCAAGAUAUUAAGAGUCCAGAAAAGGAAAAAUGGGGAUGCGGUUUGGAAUGUAUGCAAGUAGCUUUGAACUUGGAGAAGAAAGUUAACGAGAAUCUUUUGGAAAUGCAUAAACUAGCUUCUUCCCAUAAGGAUCCUAUUUUAUGCGACAUGCUGGAAGAUGACUAUCUUCGUAAGCAAGUUCACAGCAUCAGACGCUUGGGAAAAUUCACAACCCAACUUAAACGUGUUGGUUCUGGUUUGGGAGAAUUCACUUUUGAUCAUGAAGUUCUCCAAGAUUUUGAACCAGGAGUUGCAAGAAAAGCUAACAAUCAACAGAUUGUAACCAAACUUAACGAAGAUACCCAAAAAUGAAUAUCAUUGAUUAUUCUAAAAUGCAUUUCCCGUUGAUUACUUUAAAAUUGAUUCUAUCAAUAGUAUUUUGCUGAACCUGAAAUCCUGAUCCUCCCAACUGACAAUAAAUAAACUUCAAUUGAAAAUUUAAAUAAUACAAAAAAAAUUACGCAAAGUAUUUUUCUUUUUUCGUUAAGCUAUUAACACAUCUUAAACUUGGAAAGAAAAUGAGGUUAAUAGGAUAUUUAACAUUAUUAUCAUCCGUCUAUUAUCAAGUAGAGGUUAUUAUGGUAGCUUGUAAGAAUGUUCAAAUUACAAUUUGUACUGGGAGUAAAGUUUGAACAAAAGAAUAAAAGAGAUAUCUAGGUUUACAUAUAAAACAAUUAGUAUUUAUUUGAAAUAAGAAGAAAAGCUUAUUGAAAUUUUUUGUAAUAUUUCUUUACGAUAAUUCUAAAGAUUAAUAUAAUCCCACAGACAACUCUAUGUUGAGUCAUUUGUAAUUAUUUCUCUUUUGUUGAAAAUAUUCCGUUCCUGUUGGAAAGAAAAAAACUGAUAUAAAUAUUUUACUUUAUACUUUAAUAGGUUGGGGGAAUUUCCUAUAAACUUCUUAUAGUGCAAAGAGACUAUUUUUUGAAAAGUCAUAGCUAUUAUGGAAAAUGCUCUCUGGUGCAAACAAGACCUAUUUUGAAGAUAAGUGCAGCAAUGAUUCACUUUAAUAAGUAUAGCCGUUUACAAAAAUUUUGUUCAUGUCCUAAAAAAUACAACCUCGAUCUAAUGACUAACAAAACUGAAACUGAGAGGAGAAGAUUUCAAUAUAUUAUAUGGACUAAACGCUGCAAAAAAACGAUAUUUAAUAUGAAGAGAUUAAUCCUAACGUUUAGUGGAAUAAAACGUUUAAAUUAUUUAACAAAUAAGGAAAUAUCCAAUAGAACUGAAGAUAGAAAGAGAAAGUUCUUUUUUAUUACAUAUAUAGUUGCUAUGUUAGUAGUCAUCAUCAUCAUCUUAGAUAACUAUUACCAAGACAAUAGAGAAGGUCAAUAGAAAAACAUUUACAUCACAACUAAAGUCGAAAGUCUCUACUAAGCUUUUUGAUAAAUCAAACGAAAACAAAGUAGAAGUAUUGUUUCACUUCUCUAAAUAGGUGUAAGGUUAACCACGAAAAUAGAUUUAAGAACAUAUGCGUUUUUUCAUUAAAUACAAUAUGGUAUUUCUAUUAAGUUAACGUUGGAUACUUGAUCGAUUUCUAGUAAAUAUUCUUUAUGCCAUUCAAGAAAAAUAUCUACACUUCUACAUAUAAAUGUCUAUAU